CCAUACCCCAUAGUCUAAAACGACUCCAAGAACAUCCCCAAUGCAGUAGAUGCUCGCUUCUUGGGAUCCCUUCCCGCCAGUUCUGUUCACCAUACCAAUUCAAUUCACACCCACCGUCUUGAAUCAUGCUUUGGGUAGACAAGUACAGACCAAAAACCCUAGACAAGGUUCUUGUUCAUCAAGAUAUCGCUCUAAAUCUCAAGAAAUUGGUCACCGAGCAAGAUUGCCCACAUUUAUUGUUCUAUGGGCCACCAGGUUCCGGCAAGAAAACCCUAAUUAUGGCCCUUCUCAGGCAGAUGUUUGGGGCCGGUGCUGAGGUGAAAGUAGAGAACAAAAACUGGAAAGUUGAUGCUGGAAGUAGAACUAUUGAUUUGGAACUUACAACAUUAUCAAGCACCCACCAUGUGGAGCUGAACCCUAGUGAUGCCGGGUUUCAAGAUCGGUACGUUGUUCAAGAAAUUAUCAAAGAAAUGGCAAAAAAUAGACCGAUUGACACCAAAGGAAAGAAGGGUUUCAAAGUAUUGGUGCUUAAUGAGGUUGAUAAACUUUCAAGAGAGGCACAACAUUCAUUAAGAAGAACGAUGGAGAAAUACAGUGCCUCGUGCCGUCUGAUUUUGUGUUGUGACAGCUCGUCAAAGGUUACGGAAGCAGUGCGGUCUCGUUGUCUUAAUAUCAGAGUAAAUGCACCAAAAGAAGAUGAGAUUGUGAAGGUUCUGGAAUUCAUUGGCAAGAAAGAGGGGCUACAACUUCCUCCUGGAUUUGCUGCUCGUAUAGCAGAAAAAUCAGCUCGGAGCUUAAGGAGGGCAAUACUGUCAUUUGAGACUUGUCGAGUCCAACAGUACCCUUUUACCAAUAAUCAAGUAAUCCCCCCAAUGGACUGGGAAGAAUAUGUAACUGAGAUAGCAUCCGACAUUAUGAAAGAACAGAGCCCUAAAAGGUUGUUCCAAGUUCGAGGAAAGUUGUAUGAGUUACUUGUCAAUUGUAUCCCUCCUGAAAUCAUAUUAAAGAGGUUGCUUUUUGAAUUGCUCAAGAAACUGGAUUCUGAAUUGAAGCAUGAGGUCUGUCAUUGGGCUGCAUAUUAUGAACAUAGGAUGCGUCUUGGACAGAAAGCUAUUUUUCACAUUGAAGCAUUUGUGGCCAAGUUCAUGAGCAUUUACAAAGGCUUCCUGAUUGCAACAUUUGGUUAAGAUGCUGUAUGAAGUUGUGUGUUUCAAACCUAACAGUAUUUGCUUCUGAAUUUUGACUUUUAGUUGUCUUUGUUAGAAAUACAUCAACAAUGAAACAUUUAAAUACGAUAUCAUAUAUUUCUUUA